CGCCUGCCGCCCCCCUUCGGCGGAGGGUGGAGGCGCCCUGGGCGGAGGUAAUCAGGCUGACAGAUUGAGAGGGCGGUGCUGCUCCUGGCUGGGGCGCUGACCAAUCCGGGAGCCACCUGCUGUCCCCUGUGGGCGGCGGCAGGGACACCGCAUGGGGUCAUCUCAAGACCCUUGCCAGGACCGGGCUCAGGAGGGCUGCCUUCCCUGUACCCACCUGUCUUACCAAGCUCCUCCUGCCGCUGGCCUCUGCCCGGAGGAGAGACUCAAGUCAUUUUGGAUUACGGCCACUCCUCCUCUGUGACCUCAACUGAAUUACAUCUGCAAAGACUAUUUCCAAAUAAGGCUACAGUCACAGGGAGCAGACGCAGUGGACCUUGGGUGAGUGAGUUCUACACAACAGGCUGAGCGUGAUGAAUGGCCACGCCUCUCCUCCUCUUGAUGUCCUGGUCACCAACAGCACUGACCCGGCCAUCGUCCCCAAGACCAUGAAGGCCGUGCCGGAAACCAGCACCCCUUCUGGGCCUCCGUCUGCCCAGCCUAAGAGCAUCGCUGGGGUGUAUGUGGAGGCCUCCGGCCAGGAACAGAGUCUCUACGCUGCCAUGAAGCAAGGCCUCCUGCCCGUUGAGCUUGGGCUGGCUCUGCUGGAGGCCCAGGCGGCCACCGGGGGCCUCGUGGACCCCACGCAAGGCCGGUUCCUCCCUGUGUCCGAGGCCCUGCAGCGGGGCCUGGUGGGCCUGGAGCUAAAGGAGAAGCUGCUGGUGGCCGAGCGCGCAGUCACUGGGUACCCUGACCCCUACGGUGGCGGGAAGCUGGCACUUUUCCAGGCCAUCGGGAAGGAGGUGGUAGACGGAGCGCUGGGGUGGGGCUGGCUGGAGGCCCAGCUGGCCACGGGGGGCUUGGUGGAUCCCAUUCGGGGUACACGGGUGGCCCCGGAGCCGGCCUGUCAGCAGGGUCUCCUGGACCAGGACACGUGGCGUGGCCUGUCUGAGCGCAAGCCCAGCCCCAGUGCCCCCGGCUUCCUGGACCCCAACACCCUGGAGCGGCUGUCGUAUCGCGAGCUGCUGGGCCGGUGUGUGAGAGCCCCUGGCACAGGGUUGGCGCUGCUGCCCCUCAAGACCACCUUCCCCACCCUGAGUGGGGCAGUGAGCUUGGCCGAGCUGCUAGAGGUGGGGGUCCUGGAUGACGAGGCCGCCCGGGGCCUUCGGGAAGGCAGGCUGGCGGCCCGAGAGGUGAGCGCGCGGGCUGACGUGAGGCGCUACCUGCAGGGCACCGGCAGCAUCGCGGGGGCUGUCCUGCUGCCCGCGGGCCACAAGAAGAGCUUCUUCCGGGCCGUCAGCGAGCACCUGCUCCCCAUGGGCACCGCGCUCCCGCUCCUGGAGGCUCAGGCCGCCACCGGCACACUGGUGGACCCGGCCACCGGCCGGCGGCUCCGGGUGGACGAGGCGGUCAGGUCGGGCCUGGUCGGCCCAGAGCUCCACAGGCAGCUCCUGGUGGCGGAAGAGGCGGUGACGGGGUACCAUGACCCCUUCAGCGGCGCCCGAGUGCCCCUCUUCCAGGCCAUGAAGAAGGAGCUGGUGGACAGGCCUCUGGCUCUGCGACUCCUAGAUGCCCAGCUGGCCACAGGUGGGCUGGUAUGUCCGGCCCGCAGGCUCCGGCUGCCCCCGGAGGCCGCCCUGCGCUUCAGAUGCCUGGACCAAGAGACUCAGCAGUGUCUGUCCCGGGCCACCAGCUUCUGGGACCCCAACACACAGGAGAGCGUGGGCUACGGGCAGCUACUGGCCCGCUGCGUCACCGACCCAGAAACAGGACUGGCCUUCCUCCCCCUCUCAGGGGGCCCCCUUGGAGAGGAGCCACGAGGACUCCCGUUCAUUGACCACAGCACCCGGGAGGCCUUGAGUGAGGCCAUGACCACCGUCGCCGUGGGCGAGUUCCAGGGCCGGCCCGCAUCACUCUGGGACCUGCUCUUCUCUGAGCCCAUCCCUGCGCAGCAGCGGGCGGCACUGGCCCAGCGCCACAAGGAAGGCGCCAUCUCGGGGGAGGAACUGGCAGCUGCGCUGAGGGCCACCCUUGAGCAGGCUGCAGCCACGGCCAAGACCACCUUUGCCGGCCUGAGGGUGCCCGUGGCCCCAGGAGAGCUGCUGAGAGCGGAGAUCAUCGACCAGGACACGUACGAGCGGCUGGAGCGAGGGCAGACCACAGCCCAGGAGGUGGGCAGGCUGGGCUCGGUGCACAGGUUCCUGCAGGGCACCGGCGGCAUCGCAGGCCUGCUGCUGCCGGGCUCCCAGGAGCGGCUCGCCGUCUACGAGGCUCGAGGGAGGGGGCUCCUCAGGCACGGCACGGCCCUCAUCCUCCUGGAGGCACAGGCGGCCACGGGCUUCAUUCUCGACCCGAAGGAAAACAAGAGAUAUUCUGUGGAGGAGGCACUGAGGGCUGGCCUCGUAGGGCCUGACGUGUUUGCAAAGCUGCUGUCGGCCGAGCGCGCCGUCACCGGCUACAAGGAUCCCUACACCGGGGAGCAGAUCUCCCUCUUCCAGGCCAUGAAGAAGGACCUCAUCGUGCGGGAGCACGGCAUCCGCCUGCUGGAGGCCCAGAUCGCCACGGGCGGCAUCAUCGACCCGGUGCACAGCCACCGCCUGCCCGUGGACGUGGCCUACCGGCGCGGCUACUUCGACGAGGAGAUGAACCGCGUCCUGGCGGACCCGAGCGACGACACCAAGGGCUUCUUCGACCCCAACACGCACGAGAACCUCACCUACCUGCAGCUGCUGGAGCGCUGCGUGGAGGACCCCGAGACGGGCCUGCGCCUGCUGCCCCUGAACGGCACCCAGCCCCCGCUCGUGGACGGCACCACCCGGCAGGCCUUCCAGAGCCUGCUGCUGUCGGGGAAGUUCGGGCGUUUCCAGGGGCGGAGAGUUUCCGCAUGGGAGCUGGUCAACUCAGAAUGCUUCAGCGAGGACCAGAGGAGGCAGCUCCUGCGGAGGUACCAGCAGCACAGCAUCUCCCUGGAGCAGGUGGCGCAGUGGCUGGAGAGGGAGAUGCGGAGGUGGGCGGACAUCACGCUGCCCGGGCUGCGGGGCCCGGUCACGGCCUACCAGCUCCUGGAGGCCCGUAUCAUCGACCAGGAGCUCCUGGACCGGGUGCUGGAGGGGGCGGUCAGCCCCGAAGCCCUCCUCCACAUGGACUGCGUCCGGAGGUACCUACGCGGCUCUGGUGCCCUCGGCGGCGUGCUGCUGGGACCCGCCAGCCGGCGGCUCAGCCUGUACGAGGCCAUGAGGCAGAAGGUCCUGGGGCCAGGGGUGGCCCUCGCCCUGCUGGAGGCCCAGGCGGCCACUGGAGCCAUCGUGGACCCCCACAGUCUGGAGACCCUGUCGGUGGAUGAGGCCGUGCGCAGGAAGCUGGUGGGGCCAGAGCUGUAUCGCCAGCUGAGACGGGCUGAGGACGCUGUCACCGGCUUCCGAGAUCCCUUCUCUGGGAAGUGGGUGUCCCUGUUCCAGGCCAUGAAGAAGGGCCUCAUCCCUGAGGAGCAGGCCGCCCGCCUCCUGGAUGCCCAGCUGGCCACAGGGGGGGUCAUUGACCCCACAGGCCACUACCACCUCCCCAUGCCCGUGGCCGCCCAGCGGGGCUACAUAGACCAGGAGAUGGAGGAGGCCUUGUCCAGCUCAUCCGAGACCUUCCCCACACCGGACGGCCGGGGAUGCACCAGCUAUGCCCGGCUGCUGGAGCAGUGUCUGAGGGAUGAGGCUUCUGGCCUUUACUUCCUGCCCCUGCCCGAACACGCUCCGGCCAUCCCCACCGACAAGCAGGUGCAGGAGACCCUACAGGCGGCGCAGGGGACUGAGGACGGCACGUCCCUCUGGGAGCUGCUGGGCUCUGGCCACUUCACCGAGGAGCAGCGGAACAGUUUCGUGCAGGACUUCAGGCUGGGGAGGAUCGCCUUGCAGCAGCUGCAGGCAGCUGUGCACAAGCAGGUGCGGGAGGCGGAACUCCUGGCACGGGCUCACGUCACAGUGCCCGGCCCCAGGGGUGAGGUUCCCGCCGUCUGGCUGCGUGACGCCGGCAUCAUCACCGCGGAGACCCUGGCGGCCCUGGCUCGGGGCACGCGGUCGCCCGCGGAGGUCGCUGAGGAGCCCAGCGUGAAGGCCCGUCUGUGGGGGACGGGCUGCGUAGCAGGCCUGCUGUUGCAGCCAUCGGGGACCAAGGCCAGCAUCGGCCAGGCCAUGAGGGACGGCCUCAUACCCGAGGGCCUGGGGCGAAGGCUGCUGGAGGCCCAAGUGGCAUGUGGCUCCCUCAUUGACCCUCUGACCAGCCAGAGACUGUCUGUGGAAGGCGCAGUGAAGGCGGGCCUGGUGGGCGGGGCACUGAGCGAGCAGCUCCAGCAGGCCGAGAGGGCCGUGGCUGGGUACACCGACCCCUACACAGGAGGCUCCCUCUCACUGUGGCAGGCCGUGGAGAAGGGGCUGGUGCCCCGAAGGGAGGGCCUCCGGCUCCUACAGGUGCAGCUGGCCACGGGGGGCGCGGUGGACCCCGUGCACGGGGUGCACCUGCCCCAGGAGGCAGCCUGCAGGUUUGGCCUCCUGGAUGAGCAGGUCAGCUGGGUGCUGACCUCAAAAGACGAGGACAACAAGUUCUUCUUCGACCCCAGCACGCGAGACAAGGUGACGUACAUGCAGCUCAAGGAGGGCUGUGUCUCCGACAGGGACACCGGCCUCUGGCUGCUGCCGCUCGCCCAGGACACGGUGCUCGAAGUGGAUGAGCACACGGUGCUGGCCCUGAGGGCCACGAAGGUACCUGUCAGCACCGGGAGGUUCAAAGGUCUCCGCGUGUCACUGUGGGACCUGCUGCACUCCGAGUACGUCGGCGUCCACAAGCGGCGAGAGCUGGCGGCACUCUGCCAGUCCGGGAGGGCCACAGCCAUGCGGCAGGUGGCUACGGCAGUCACCACCCUGGUCGAGGCUGCAGAGACACAGCCCUCACGGGCCACCUUUAGAGGACUCCGGAAGCAGGUGUCAGCCAACGACUUGUUCAGGUCCCAGCUCAUCAACAAGGAGACACUGGACGAGCUGAAUCAGGGGAGAAAGACUGUGCAGGAGGUGAAAGAGAUGGACAGUGUGAAGCGGUACCUGGAGGGAAGCAAUUUCAUUGCCGGGGUCCUCGUCCAGGGCACGAAGGAGAAGAUGAGCAUCUCCGAGGCCCUAAGGAGGCAUAUCCUGCGGCCGGGCACGGCCCUGGUGCUGCUGGAGGCGCAGGCGGCCACCGGCUUCCUCAUCGACCCUGUGCGCAACCAGAGGCUGACUGUGGAGGAGGCGUUCGCAUCAGGGAUGUUUGGCAGGGAAACCUACCAGAAGCUGCUGGCGGCCGAGCGCGCCGUCACCGGCUACACCGACCCCUACACCGGGGAGCAGAUCUCCCUCUUCCAGGCCAUGAAGAAGGACCUCAUCGUGCGGGAGCACGGCAUCCGCCUGCUGGAGGCCCAGAUCGCCACGGGCGGCAUCAUCGACCCGGUGCACAGCCACCGCCUGCCCGUGGACGUGGCCUACCGGCGCGGCUACUUCGACGAGGAGAUGAACCGCGUCCUGGCGGACCCGAGCGACGACACCAAGGGCUUCUUCGACCCCAACACGCACGAGAAUCUCACCUACCUGCAGCUGCUUCGCCGCUGCGUGGAGGACCCCGAGACGGGGCUGUACAUGUUACAAAUUGUAAAGAAAGGAAAGACCUACGUUUAUAUCGAUGAAACCACAAAACAAGUCCUACAGUCCAGAACUACAGAAAUGCACGUGGGGAGGUUUGCCAAUCAGAAAGUCUCCUUCUGGGACCUGCUUUCCUCCCAGUACUUUCCAGAGGAAAGGAAGCGGGAACUCGUCCAGGAGUAUAGAGCCCAGAAUCUACCCCUCGAGCGGCUGCUGGAGCUCAUCACGGCUACCGUGGAGGAAACAGAAAAGCAGUACGAGGCGAUCCAGGUGCCAGGCAUCGGUGGGCAGGUGACAGCUGCGGAGUUGUUCAACUCUGGAAUCAUCGAUAAAAGGACCCUGGAUGUACUGCACAGAGAGGCACGGGGUGAGCAGGAUCUCAGCCGGUUGGCACAUGUGAAGACCUACCUGGAAGGUCAUGGCUGCAUCGCGGGGGUGACUAUGCCCUCCACCCAAGAGGUGAUGAGCCUGUACGACGCCAGCAGGAAAGGACUCAUCCCCAUGGGCUUUGCGGCUCAGCUGCUGGAGGCCCAGGCAGCCACUGGGUUCAUGCUGGAUCCCUGCAGCCAUAGGAGGCUCUCUGUGCAACAGGCCGUGGCUGAGGGCCUGGUGGGUGAGGACAUGCAGGAAAGGCUUCUGGACGCCCAGAAGGCCGCCCAAGGCUACACAGACCCGGUCACGGGAGACAAAGUCCCGCUAUUCCAGGCCAUGAAAAAGAACUUAGUCAGAAGAGAGGACGCGCUCAGACUGCUUGAGGCACAGGAGGCCACAGGGGGUAUCAUCGACCCACAGCACCACCACCGCCUGCCUGUGGAUGUGGCCUACAGACGGGGGUGUCUACACCAGGACACCUACCCGCUCAUUUCAGAUCAGAAGCACAUGAAUAAAAGGUUUGUGGAUCCAAACACUCAGGAGAGGGUCACCUACCGACAACUGCAGGAAAGGAGCCAAAAGGAAGCAGGGACAGGCUGGGCGCUCUUCCCGGUGGUCAAGGACCAACAGAAGCCUGCCUACAUCGAUGAGCCAACGAGGAGGGCCCUGGAGGCUGAGCAGGUGGACGUGCAGGUGGGAAGGUUCAAGGACCAGAAGCCAUCGCUGUGGGAGAUCCUGAACUCAGAAUACGUGACGGAGGAGAGAAAGCUCGACUUGAUAGGUGAAUACAAAAAAGGCACGGCCCAAGCGUUACAGAAGGUAGUAAACAUCAUCUUAGGAAUAAUCGAUGAGAGGGAAAAAGACAACAAACAAUUGUGGUUCCCAGGGAUCAGAAAACAAAUCACAGCUUCCGAACUGUUCGACUCUGGAAUCAUCACCCAGGAGAUGCUAGAGGACAUGGUCAAGGGGGCCAGCACCUCAGAUGUCAUCGGCGAAAAAGAACAGGUCAAACGCUACCUGCAGGGCACGAGCUGCAUCGCGGGCGUGCUGGUGCCCGCCAAGGACGAGCCCGGGCGGCAGGAGAAGAUGAGCAUCUACCAGGCCAUGUGGAAGGGCGUCCUGCGGCCCGGCACGGCCCUGGUGCUGCUGGAGGCGCAGGCGGCCACCGGCUUCGUCAUCGACCCCGUGCGCAACCAGAGGCUGUCCGUGGAGGAGGCGGUGGCGGCAGGCGUGGUGGGCGGCGAGAUCCAGGAGAAGCUGCUGUCGGCCGAGCGCGCCGUCACCGGCUACACCGACCCCUACACCGGGGAGCAGAUCUCCCUCUUCCAGGCCAUGAAGAAGGACCUCAUCGUGCGGGAGCACGGCAUCCGCCUGCUGGAGGCCCAGAUCGCCACGGGCGGCAUCAUCGACCCGGUGCACAGCCACCGCCUGCCCGUGGACGUGGCCUACCGGCGCGGCUACUUCGACGAGGAGAUGAACCGCGUCCUGGCGGACCCGAGCGACGACACCAAGGGCUUCUUCGACCCCAACACGCACGAGAACCUCACCUACGUGCAGCUGCUUCGCCGCUGCGUGCAGGACCCCGGCACCGGGCUCUACAUGCUGCAGCUGGCCGGCCGGGGCUCCGCCGUGCACGAGCUGAGCGAGGAGCUGCGCGGCGCCCUGCGUGAGGCCCGCGUGACCCCGGACGCGGGCGCCCUCCGGGGCCAGAGCGUCUCCGUCUGGGAGCUCCUCUUCUACCGGGAGGUGCCCGAGGGCCUGAGGCAGGACCUGCUGCGCAGGUACCGGGCGGGCACGCUGACCGCGCGGGAGGUGGGGGCCGCCCUCACCCCGCUGCUGGCCCGUGCCGAGGACGGGAGCCCACGCCCGGCGCCCCCGGACCCUCGGGGGGCCCUGCGUGCCGCCACCAUGGAGGUCAAGGUGGGCCGCCUGCACGGGCCGGCGGUGCCCGUGUGGGACGUGCUGGCGUCCAGCUACGUGAGCGGCGUUACGCGCGAGCACCUGCUGGCCGGCUUCGGCGCGGGGACGCUGGGCCUGCCCGCGCUGACCCGCAGGCUGACCACCAUCAUCGAGGAGGCGGAGGCGGCCGGCGGGGCCGAGGGCGCGUCGGGGGACGCCGCCCGCGGCCAGCGGGAGCCCCGGUCCCCCGGGCGUGGCGACGGCGACGCGGGCCCCUCCCCGGCCGGGGCCGACGCCGAGCCCGCCGGUGGCCUCCAGGAGCGGGCCCUGCGUGCCGCCACCAUGGAGGUGCGCGCCGGGCAGUUCGGGGGCCAGCGCCCCUCCGUGUGGGACGUCCUCUUCUCCUCCUACCUGAGCCAGGCCCGCCGGGACGAGCUCCUGGCCCAGCACGCGGCCGGCGCCCUGGCCGUGCCCGCCCUCAUCGCCGUCCUCACCCAGGCCAUCGAGGAGGCGGAGGAGCGGCUGAGCAAGGCGUCCUUCCCGGGCCUGAGGCGCCAGGUGUCCGCGUCCGAGCUGCACACGUCCGGGAUCCUGGGCCCCGAGACCCUGCGGGACCUGGCCCAGGGCACCAAGACCCUGCAGGAGGUGACAGAGAUGGACUCGGUCAGACGCUACCUGCAGGGCACGAGCUGCAUCGCGGGCGUGCUGGUGCCCGCCAAGGACGAGCCCGGGCGGCAGGAGAAGAUGAGCAUCUACCAGGCCAUGUGGAAGGGCGUCCUGCGGCCCGGCACGGCCCUGGUGCUGCUGGAGGCGCAGGCGGCCACCGGCUUCGUCAUCGACCCCGUGCGCAACCAGAGGCUGUCCGUGGAGGAGGCGGUGGCGGCGGGCGUGGUGGGCGGCGAGAUCCAGGAGAAGCUGCUGUCGGCCGAGCGCGCCGUCACCGGCUACAAGGAUCCCUACACCGGGGAGCAGAUCUCCCUCUUCCAGGCCAUGAAGAAGGACCUCAUCGUGCGGGAGCACGGCAUCCGCCUGCUGGAGGCCCAGAUCGCCACGGGCGGCAUCAUCGACCCGGUGCACAGCCACCGCCUGCCCGUGGACGUGGCCUACCGGCGCGGCUACUUCGACGAGGAGAUGAACCGCGUCCUGGCGGACCCGAGCGACGACACCAAGGGCUUCUUCGACCCCAACACGCACGAGAACCUCACCUACGUGCAGCUGCUUCGCCGCUGCGUGCAGGACCCCGGCACCGGGCUCUACAUGCUGCAGCUGGCCGGCCGGGGCUCCGCCGUGCACGAGCUGAGCGAGGAGCUGCGCGGCGCCCUGCGUGAGGCCCGCGUGACCCCGGACGCGGGCGCCCUCCGGGGCCAGAGCGUCUCCGUCUGGGAGCUCCUCUUCUACCGGGAGGUGCCCGAGGGCCUGAGGCAGGACCUGCUGCGCAGGUACCGGGCGGGCACGCUGACCGCGCGGGAGGUGGGGGCCGCCCUCACCCCGCUGCUGGCCCGUGCCGAGGACGGGAGCCCACGCCCGGCGCCCCCGGACCCUCGGGGGGCCCUGCGUGCCGCCACCAUGGAGGUCAAGGUGGGCCGCCUGCGCGGGCCGGCGGUGCCCGUGUGGGACGUGCUGGCGUCCAGCUACGUGAGCGGCGUUACGCGCGAGCACCUGCUGGCCGGCUUCGGCGCGGGGACGCUGGGCCUGCCCGCGCUGACCCGCAGGCUGACCACCAUCAUCGAGGAGGCGGAGGCGGCCGGCGGGGCCGAGGGCGCGUCGGGGGACGCCGCCCGCGGCCAGCGGGAGCCCCGGUCCCCCGGGCGUGGCGACGGCGACGCGGGCCCCUCCCCGGCCGGGGCCGACGCCGAGCCCGCCGGUGGCCUCCAGGAGCGGGCCCUGCGUGCCGCCACCAUGGAGGUGCGUGCCGGGCAGUUCGGGGGCCAGCGCCCCUCCGUGUGGGACGUCCUCUUCUCCUCCUACCUGAGCCAGGCCCGCCGGGACGAGCUCCUGGCCCAGCACGCGGCCGGCGCCCUGGCCGUGCCCGCCCUCAUCGCCGUCCUCACCCAGGCCAUCGAGGAGGCGGAGGAGCGGCUGAGCAAGGCGUCCUUCCCGGGCCUGAGGCGCCAGGUGUCCGCGUCCGAGCUGCACACGUCCGGGAUCCUGGGCCCCGAGACCCUGCGGGACCUGGCCCAGGGCACCAAGACCCUGCAGGAGGUGACAGAGAUGGACUCGGUCAGACGCUACCUGCAGGGCACGAGCUGCAUCGCGGGCGUGCUGGUGCCCGCCAAGGACGAGCCCGGGCGGCAGGAGAAGAUGAGCAUCUACCAGGCCAUGUGGAAGGGCGUCCUGCGGCCCGGCACGGCCCUGGUGCUGCUGGAGGCGCAGGCGGCCACCGGCUUCCUCAUCGACCCUGUGCGCAACCAGAGGCUGUCCGUGGAGGAGGCGGUGGCGGCGGGCGUGGUGGGCGGCGAGAUCCAGGAGAAGCUGCUGUCGGCCGAGCGCGCCGUCACCGGCUACACCGACCCCUACACCGGGGAGCAGAUCUCCCUCUUCCAGGCCAUGAAGAAGGACCUCAUCGUGCGGGAGCACGGCAUCCGCCUGCUGGAGGCCCAGAUCGCCACGGGCGGCAUCAUCGACCCGGUGCACAGCCACCGCCUGCCCGUGGACGUGGCCUACCGGCGCGGCUACUUCGACGAGGAGAUGAACCGCGUCCUGGCGGACCCGAGCGACGACACCAAGGGCUUCUUCGACCCCAACACACACGAGAACCUCACCUACGUGCAGCUGCUUCGCCGCUGCGUGCAGGACCCCGGCACCGGGCUCUACAUGCUGCAGCUGGCCGGCCGGGGCUCCGCCGUGCACGAGCUGAGCGAGGAGCUGCGCGGCGCCCUGCGUGAGGCCCGCGUGACCCCGGACGCGGGCGCCCUCCGGGGCCAGAGCGUCUCCGUCUGGGAGCUCCUCUUCUACCGGGAGGUGCCCGAGGGCCUGAGGCAGGACCUGCUGCGCAGGUACCGGGCGGGCACGCUGACCGCGCGGGAGGUGGGGGCCGCCCUCACCCCGCUGCUGGCCCGUGCCGAGGACGGGAGCCCACGCCCGGCGCCCCCGGACCCUCGGGGGGCCCUGCGUGCCGCCACCAUGGAGGUCAAGGUGGGCCGCCUGCGCGGGCCGGCGGUGCCCGUGUGGGACGUGCUGGCGUCCAGCUACGUGAGCGGCGUUACGCGCGAGCACCUGCUGGCCGGCUUCGGCGCGGGGACGCUGGGCCUGCCCGCGCUGACCCGCAGGCUGACCACCAUCAUCGAGGAGGCGGAGGCGGCCGGUGGGGCCGAGGGCGCGUCGGGGGACGCCGCCCGCGGCCAGCGGGAGCCCCGGUCCCCCGGGCGUGGCGACGGCGACGCGGGCCCCUCCCCGGCCGGGGCCGACGCCGAGCCCGCCGGUGGCCUCCAGGAGCGGGCCCUGCGUGCCGCCACCAUGGAGGUGCGUGCCGGGCAGUUCGGGGGCCAGCGCCCCUCCGUGUGGGACGUCCUCUUCUCCUCCUACCUGAGCCAGGCCCGCCGGGACGAGCUCCUGGCCCAGCACGCGGCCGGCGCCCUGGCCGUGCCCGCCCUCAUCGCCGUCCUCACCCAGGCCAUCGAGGAGGCGGAGGAGCGGCUGAGCAAGGCGUCCUUCCCGGGCCUGAGGCGCCAGGUGUCCGCGUCCGAGCUGCACACGUCCGGGAUCCUGGGCCCCGAGACCCUGCGGGACCUGGCCCAGGGCACCAAGACCCUGCAGGAGGUGACAGAGAUGGACUCGGUCAGACGCUACCUGCAGGGCACGAGCUGCAUCGCGGGCGUGCUGGUGCCCGCCAAGGACGAGCCCGGGCGGCAGGAGAAGAUGAGCAUCUACCAGGCCAUGUGGAAGGGCGUCCUGCGGCCCGGCACGGCCCUGGUGCUGCUGGAGGCGCAGGCGGCCACCGGCUUCGUCAUCGACCCCGUGCGCAACCAGAGGCUGUCCGUGGAGGAGGCGGUGGCGGCGGGCGUGGUGGGCGGCGAGAUCCAGGAGAAGCUGCUGUCGGCCGAGCGCGCCGUCACCGGCUACACCGACCCCUACACCGGGGAGCAGAUCUCCCUCUUCCAGGCCAUGAAGAAGGACCUCAUCGUGCGGGAGCACGGCAUCCGCCUGCUGGAGGCCCAGAUCGCCACGGGCGGCAUCAUCGACCCGGUGCACAGCCACCGCCUGCCCGUGGACGUGGCCUACCGGCGCGGCUACUUCGACGAGGAGAUGAACCGCGUCCUGGCGGACCCGAGCGACGACACCAAGGGCUUCUUCGACCCCAACACGCACGAGAACCUCACCUACGUGCAGCUGCUUCGCCGCUGCGUGCAGGACCCCGGCACCGGGCUCUACAUGCUGCAGCUGGCCGGCCGGGGCUCCGCCGUGCACGAGCUGAGCGAGGAGCUGCGCGGCGCCCUGCGUGAGGCCCGCGUGACCCCGGACGCGGGCGCCCUCCGGGGCCAGAGCGUCUCCGUCUGGGAGCUCCUCUUCUACCGGGAGGUGCCCGAGGGCCUGAGGCAGGACCUGCUGCGCAGGUACCGGGCGGGCACGCUGACCGCGCGGGAGGUGGGGGCCGCCCUCACCCCGCUGCUGGCCCGUGCCGAGGACGGGAGCCCACGCCCGGCGCCCCCGGACCCUCGGGGGGCCCUGCGUGCCGCCACCAUGGAGGUCAAGGUGGGCCGCCUGCGCGGGCCGGCGGUGCCCGUGUGGGACGUGCUGGCGUCCAGCUACGUGAGCGGCGUUACGCGCGAGCACCUGCUGGCCGGCUUCGGCGCGGGGACGCUGGGCCUGCCCGCGCUGACCCGCAGGCUGACCACCAUCAUCGAGGAGGCGGAGGCGGCCGGCGGGGCCGAGGGCGCGUCGGGGGACGCCGCCCGCGGCCAGCGGGAGCCCCGGUCCCCCGGGCGUGGCGACGGCGACGCGGGCCCCUCCCCGGCCGGGGCCGACGCCGAGCCCGCCGGUGGCCUCCAGGAGCGGGCCCUGCGUGCCGCCACCAUGGAGGUGCGCGCCGGGCAGUUCGGGGGCCAGCGCCCCUCCGUGUGGGACGUCCUCUUCUCCUCCUACCUGAGCCAGGCCCGCCGGGACGAGCUCCUGGCCCAGCACGCGGCCGGCGCCCUGGCCGUGCCCGCCCUCAUCGCCGUCCUCACCCAGGCCAUCGAGGAGGCGGAGGAGCGGCUGAGCAAGGCGUCCUUCCCGGGCCUGAGGCGCCAGGUGUCCGCGUCCGAGCUGCACACGUCCGGGAUCCUGGGCCCCGAGACCCUGCGGGACCUGGCCCAGGGCACCAAGACCCUGCAGGAGGUGACAGAGAUGGACUCGGUCAGACGCUACCUGCAGGGCACGAGCUGCAUCGCGGGCGUGCUGGUGCCCGCCAAGGACGAGCCCGGGCGGCAGGAGAAGAUGAGCAUCUACCAGGCCAUGUGGAAGGGCGUCCUGCGGCCCGGCACGGCCCUGGUGCUGCUGGAGGCGCAGGCGGCCACCGGCUUCGUCAUCGACCCCGUGCGCAACCAGAGGCUGUCCGUGGAGGAGGCGGUGGCGGCGGGCGUGGUGGGCGGCGAGAUCCAGGAGAAGCUGCUGUCGGCCGAGCGCGCCGUCACCGGCUACACCGACCCCUACACCGGGGAGCAGAUCUCCCUCUUCCAGGCCAUGAAGAAGGACCUCAUCGUGCGGGAGCACGGCAUCCGCCUGCUGGAGGCCCAGAUCGCCACGGGCGGCAUCAUCGACCCGGUGCACAGCCACCGCCUGCCCGUGGACGUGGCCUACCGGCGCGGCUACUUCGACGAGGAGAUGAACCGCGUCCUGGCGGACCCGAGCGACGACACCAAGGGCUUCUUCGACCCCAACACGCACGAGAACCUCACCUACCUGCAGCUGCUGGAGAGAGCUACUGCUGACCCUGAGAGUGGACUGUUAUUUAUGUCUCUGAGUGGAGUUUGAAUGGCCGUUCUCCUUGUUGCUAUGUAGAGAUAUGAAAGCAUGUGUCAUUAAUUCAAAAUUCUAGGUAUAUUCCACUUAAUUGUCUUUCUUUUGUCACUCGUGCUAUAUAUGUAUCUGGUAAGGUACCCCAAAUUUUUAUCAUCCCCCUAGUUCCCCCACAUCCCAUUUUGUGCGGAAAAUAACAUAACCCCCACUUCUCAUACCGGUCUGCACAUCUCCCCGUUUUCUCACUUGUGAGUUUUUAGUGUGUUUGUGUCUUUUGGAUGGAUGUUGAGACAUUCUGUGUUAAACUGUGUUGCAGUAAUAGUUAAAAUAGUUAAAAAUUUUC